AUGAAGCCUACUGGUGCUUUCUUUUAACUGGGGUACACUCAUGGAAGCACAGGCACUGAACAUUUAAAUAACUUGGUGAUAAAACUACAAACACAUAAUGCAGACUUGAUGGCGUCAGCAGUAACUUCAUCACUCUCACAGCCAUGUUCCAUAUGUGCAGACAAAGCCGCAGGUAAACAAUACGGUGCAUCGAGCUGUGGUGGCUGUGUGGGCUUCUUCUGGAGGAUGUUCAGGUCCCUCUCUGACAAUUUUAACUCCCGAAAUUUCACAGAUCAAACUCUGCUGACAAUAUAUUUGCAGUGUGACUGCUACUGUUUUAACAGGCAAUGUAUAGUGGACAAAGACAAAAGGAACCAGUGCUGCCACGGCAGACUACAGAAGUGUUUCAAGGCUGGAUUUAGAAGGAAAGAAGAUGGCCUGUGUGGGAUGUUUGAGUCCAUGAAGCAGCAACUCCUCCUGCUGGUGGAGUGGGAAAAACACACCCAAGAGUUCUGUAGUAUCCCCAUAGACAACAGAGCAUAUGUGAGACUGAAAACUAAACUCUUAUGCCUGAAAAGCAUUGUCUUCUUUUCCCCAGACUGUAAGGGUCUGCAGAGUCCUCAGGUGGUUUGACAUCUGCGUUUCCAGGCCCAUCUGCUGCUUGAAGAAGCAACAAGUGAGGGGAAGGUUUUGAGAGCUCCUGCUGAUCCUGCCUGGCAGAUGGUGGAGACUCUGCACCUGGCACAGCUGCUAGGAGAAACUAAGGUGGACAAUCUGUUGCAGGAGAUGCUGCUGGGGGAGGGAGCCAACACAGGAAAGGAACUUUGA